AUGUCUGAAAGAAUCUCAUGCAGCAAUGUUGAUAGCCAAGGAACGGCUGAAGCAGAACUCCCCACGGAGGUUGAAUUGGAUCAGUUACUAGAUCUAAGGCUUUCUAACAAUGUAGUGGAUGGUCAUGCAUCAAAGGUAGCAAACAAUUUAUUGGAUGGCUUUGAUAUAAAGUCUCCAAAAGCUCAGGAAGGACCUGAACCCUUCAAUGAAGUGAAAGAGAAGAAGCAAUAUUUUCCUUGCAAAUAUUGCUGCAAGAAGUUCUCCAACAGUCAAGCUUUAGGUGGGCACCAAAAUGCCCACAAACAUGAGAGAGCUUUCUUGAAGAGGAUGGCUAGUUUAGACUGUCACUUGAACCGAUAUUAUUCAGCUAUGCCAACACUUCCUCAUCUUCAUCAUGGGUCUUUGAAUAGGGCUCUGGGGGUUCAUAUGCGCUCUAUGAUUCACAAGCCAUUUCAUUCUCGACCCCAUGCUGGAGUUUGGUAUGGCAAAGAAGUGUGGUCCAAACCACAAUAUGGUGUGCACCAUUUGAGCAUGGACGAUUAUUGGGUCGCUGGAAGUGGGUUUCAACCAAGAGACAUGAUGGGAGUGAAUCUCAGGGAUGCAAUUGAUGAUUUUGAGCACUCUUCAUUAAUCUCAAACUCAACAGGAUCUGUAGCUAAUAACAGAAUUGCCAGUCUUUGGGAUUUUCAGGGCAAUAGCUUUUCAAGAAAUCAGCAACUUAAAGCCCCAGGACUUGACUUGUCCCUCAACCUGUGA